UGAAUCCAUCUGAGGCUGUUGGAGGGAGUGAUAAAAAUGUUAAGGAUGUUGAGAAGCUGAAGGGCGAUGAGUCUCGAUUGAAGGGGGACGAUUUCUUUGAUGGGUUGAGCCAGCUUGAAAUAGAUGAUGAUCAAGUUGUGUUGGCUGGCUUGGAGGCUGUUGGUAAAAUCCAUGUAAGUUUACUUUUAAUUGUUUUCAAGAAAACUAGGUUUCUUUUUGGUUGCUCAUUAGUUUCUAGUAUGUUUUGCAACUGUUUUAAUGCAUUCUUUCUUUUUUAGGUCCCCGCACCCAAUCCAGAUGUUGUUGGUGAAAAGUCAGAUGCCCUUCAUACUGAUGAAGAAACUGAGGACACUGUCUCUGAUACACCUCUGUUGGAUAAGAGGAAGCGUGCUCCGACCUUGAAAUCUCCAUUUGUUGAUUUCGGGUCUGCUGAUGUCGGGAGCACUCCAAUGGAGCUUAUGUCCUCAGGUUCUCAAUCAGCUUGGGAUGAUAGGGAUUUCAAAAUGGUGACUUAUGUGAAGGGCCUUUAUGCUCUUAAUGAUGCUUUUGCUGAUCCCGUAUCUACCGAGAUUGAGGCAAAAUUUGACGCUUGGAUUGGUGAAGGAUUGCUUAAACAUCCUAGGCAUUAUAAUUGUUAUGAAGACGGCGCAAAGAAAUUUACCCCGGGUUUUAGGCUAGGUGUUGAUUAUGUUGAGGAUAAAACUUGGUUUUAUCAUUUGGCCACAUGCGACAUGUUUAUGAACGACUCGCAUAUGAACACCAUAUUCUAUUACCUUCGGAAAAAAGGUAAAUAUUCUUCCGCUGUGACGUUGAAUUUCGCAACUACUGAUUGUCUGUUUGAUGAUUCCAUCCAAGCAUUGUACCACAAAUAUAACAAGGCCAAGUCAAUGAAGACUAAGAUGUCACACAUUCACGCUGCCCACCCAAUAGCGCAUUACAUCCGAGGUAUGCGCAUUCCCUGUUCCAAGCCUUGGUAUGAAGCCGAUCAUGUGCUAUUCAUCAUCAAUUUAAGAAGGGAAAGUCAUUGGGUUUUUGGGCAUCUUGACUUGAACGAAGGGACGUUGUUUCUGUACAAUUCUUUGAGGACCGCGAAGAUGAAUGCCGCAGCUAGGAAUGCGAUGAAGGCUUAUUCCGUGUUGCUGCCUUUGUUUUUCGAUUUACUUGGGUUCUGGAAGAAUAGAGCACAAGCUCCUGCCUCAGUUUCUGACCCUACAGCUCCAUUCAGAAUCGUGGAGCUUAGUGGUCUUGCGUCUCAGCAGAAGAAUGAUUGCGGGGCAUAUGUUGCUGCCUUUGCUGAAUUCUUUAUCCACGGAAAGGAUGUCCCUGCAGACUUUGACAUCGAAGUUUAUCGUACCCGACUUGCUUCACUUUUCUUCUCGUACGGCCAAAGGAAAAUUGACGAAAGCAUUGACAGCGAGGAUGAGAAGCAAAGCAAGUCUUCUAAGGCAUCUAAAUUGAAGAAAUAGGAUCUUUUAAUUUGGUGGCUCUUUUCUGUUAUUUGUUGAAUCUAUUAUUAGAUAAUUUUUAGUGUUGUUGUUUCAAUGUAGGUAUUAUAUUUGAUUUUAUACUAUGUACCUGGUUUAAAACUUUUAGGAUAUUUCACAUUUACUCCUUAUAAUAUCUUUAUUGUAUAGGUUUGUAUGUCCCAAAGUUGUUUGUUUUUUUUAAUUCUUCAAGUUCUUAUAUACGGUCGCACAACUAUGGAGAAACUAUUAACCAACUGAAUACAAACUAUGUUUUUAUUUUUCCUAAAUUGUGCUAUGAAUGUAUUUUUAUUCUUCGUAUUCCAUUAAUCCUUUUCCCUUUAUUCAAGUUAUGUUUUAUCAAUUAUUGACUGACUGCCUUUAAAACUGUAAAGAAGAAGUCAUUCCGGUACUUAAUAUUUUAGAAAGGGUCGCAACUGUAACAAAACGAUUUUGAAACUAUUAAAAAACUGUUUCAAAUUUCAUAAAAAUGAAAUCCCAUGUAUUUAGAACAUCACAGAUCAACCUGUUUGAAUUUGCACAUAAAAUUAAACAAUUCAAAUAUUUCAUAUGUAUCUAUUUUAUUGCUUGAUUGUUGCAUGUCUUUCGAUUGUGUCCGUGUUGUCCACAUUUGUUGCACCUGUUAUGUUUUUUUGUAUCCCAUUCAGAUAAAAACCUUUGUUUCCUUGGUCUUCCAGAUCUUAUUUUUUGGUUUGGUGGCAGAACAAUGAUAUCUUUUAUGUUUUGUUGCACAUC